AAACAUAUAUAUUUACUAACGAAACCCACUGAAUCUGUGUCCACAAAAUAACGUAUAGAAAUGUUUUAUGAACUCAAAUGAUAUGUUCGUCUAUUUAGUAGCAUAUAUAUAUAUAUAUCUAUGAAUCUAAGUUACAAAUCACACACGUCUGCGAUACGGAGGCGACUAAAGGUCAAGCGUACGCAACUAAAGCUUUACAUAUACAUAUACAUGACCACUACACGACUGAGACUAACUUUGGUACGAGUAUCUUAAAUGAAAUCACGAUUAAUAACAAGACAAAAAAAAAAAACAAUUUAAAAAUUUCCAAAAAUUGUUAACUAUAAGUCUGCACCAAAAUUCGCACGACGAUGACGCUCUAAACAAAUAAUCUACUUAUAACUAUCAUGCAUAUGUAUAUGUAUUUAAUCCAUAUAAUCUGUUCCUUGAUGUUGUGCCCCCUCUUUUUUAUUGCCGUUACGGUCUAGUAUUGAGGACAUACAAAUGUAUUAACUUGGCCAAAUGUUGUACUGCUUUGUUUUUAUUGGUAUACUUUCUCUUGUAUUGAUAUUGAUAUAUUAGAUGUUUGAAAGCGUAACAGGCGCAUUAUUGAAUUCAAAAGAUAUAUUUAUAUAUGUAUACUCAAACAAAAUAAUGAACAAACUCAUGAAACAGUUGUAAUUUGAUAUUGAUGUGUAUGUUUGUAUUCCUGUCUAUGUGUUUUUAUGUAACUGACUGUGUAUAUGUUCAAAUAUGUGUGUAUAUAUGUAUAAGAACAUACCAAAACUAAUGCGUGUAACGAAAACUAUUUGAACAACAUACAUCCUUGGUGAAUACGAUACCAUUGAUAUAGUCCUAAUGAUCCUACAGAAUCCAAAAAUAUGUACGCUCUUGCAGCCUUCCCCUCCUCCCUUAAUGGUUCCUAGAUGCCCGAUAAAUCAUUGGUUUUACUAUACCAUUGAUAUAGUCCUGGUGAACCUAAAUAUCAAAAUUACGUGCAAAAUUUGCUCGUAAAUGGUCUAGAUAUGAAUAUGCAUGCUUUUCUUUCAGCCGCCCCACCUCCCUUUUGGUUCCUAGAUGACCCAUAAUAUCCUUGAUUAAUAAAAUAUCAUUGAUAGAGUCCUGGGGAACCUAUAGUUCCAAAUCCCAACAAAAUUACCCUUAAAGCAUUAUCCACAUUUAAAUUAAGAUUUAAAAAUUAACGGCCGUUAAAUCCCCAUUGCACUGUGCCCGGCCGUUGGCUCACAUUUUCAAAGCAAAAUUCAGCUGAAAUACCAGGCGAACAGAAAUGCCCAGCAGGUAGCUGCACCGAAAAAUUUUUUAUUUAACAGUCCACUGUUAACUAACAGUGGCAUCAGCUGUUACUUAACAGACCACUGUUAAAAAUGGGGCGGUCGAUUUUUAACGCCAAUUUAGCAAAAAUACCAGGCGAACAGAAAUGACCAGCAGGUAGCUGCACCGAAAUUUUUUUAUUUAACAGCCCGCUGUUAAUUAAAAUGCCACUGUUAACUAACAGCGACCGCUGCUGUUAGUUAACAUACCACUGUUAAAAAUGGGGCGGUCGGUUUUUGACGCAAAUUUAGCAAAAAUACCAGGCGAACAGAAAUGACCAGCAGGUAGCUGCACUAAAAUUAUUCGUGAGUGGAAAAAUGCAUUGCAUACCCAAACGGGGCGCGUGGUCGAGCAGCUCGCUGGGUGCCUAAAUUUCAACGAAAAUUCGGCUGAAGUACCAGGCGAACAGAAAUGAGCAGCAGGUAGCUGCACUAAAAUUUUUCGUGAAUGAAAAAUUCCAUUGCAUAGCCACAAGGUGCAGCUGGGUAAAAUGGGUACUGAAAGCAUAAAACAUACAUAUUUCGGGACCGUUUCCGUGCACAUUUCGCAGGGAUUCGGUGCUCUAGGUUCACAAGGACUAUAUCAAUGGUAUGGUAUAACCAAGGAUAUGUGGGUCAACUAGGUACCGUCGAGGGGGAGGGGUCUAUUGCUGAGAGGGCGGCUGAAAGAUAAAGCAUUCAUAUUUUUUGACCAUUUCGGUCAUGUAGGUUCACCAGGACGAUAUCUUUGGUAUGAUAAAACCAAGAAUAUGUGGGUCAUCUAGGAACCAUCUGUUUUGAUUGUUCGCCAGGACUAUAUCUAUGGCACAGUGUAACCAAGGAUAAUGUUGGUCAACUAGGAACCAUUUGUUCUCUUUUACAUUUGAUUUUCUUACUUCGCAAAUAAAUAAACAUGUUUCUUAUAAUUUCAAUAAUUCUUAAACCAUAGUUCUACUUAAUUGUAGGCUGUUUUAUUAGAUGUUCUUUUUCAUAUUGGUGAAUAAGACGUUAUGCUAACAUAUAUAAACUAAUCUCGGCUGGGUUUCUGCUGCUUUUACGCCUGAUUCCGUGGUAAUCCAGUUCUUCUGUUGUAUCUAGUGUCUAGAUAUAUCGCUCUUGAUGUGUUUGGUAGCUGAGUUGCUUUCCUGCUGCCUCUACAUUUCGAAGCUUCAAGUUUAGCUGGGCCUUUUUAUCCUGGAAUGCUGAUAAAAAGAAAAAAGCAUCGUGUCCUUUAAAAUAAAUACGAAUCUUAAGGUAGAUUUACCUGCAUUUGGUUGGGUGGCAGCUGGCAAGGUCAGUUAACCGAGACGUGCCCGGUUAAUGUGUGUCAAUUAUCGAUUCAACAUUUGGGCCCGGGCCGGGCCAUUGCCAAGGCGACAGAGCCAUGGAGGGCACCUUGUCAUGCUGUAAAUGGAAUAAUAUAAUAAUCAUUUGCGGUUUUAUGGCAAGCCGCGACGUACUCGAGACAUCGGAAAUUGUAAUUGAACACGUGACGGCAAAUGGCCAGCGCGGCGCAAAACUGGUCGGGCUUGGUAACGCUUUGUCUGGGCCAGGAACGCGAGAAGGUACUUCGAUUGAUUUUGUGCUUACUUGGUUCGCACGACAAUAUGUGCGCCUAAUGAACGGGAAUGCUUCGAGCAUGGGUAGAAUUACAAAAAUUUGUCCAAGUCACGCAUAUGGGCGAUAGCUGGGCGAGGGGCGGAUGGUGCCAGAGCGAAUCCCCUGGAGUUAGUGCCAGUUAGUCGCAUGUAAUGUAAUAGAUUCUGUUUCGACACUUUCGUUUUGUCACCAUGCAGAGGCAGACGAGCAGCCAGCGCACAUCCCUGACCAAGUGCAAUGUGGCCGCAGCAUUGGACGCGUCGUCAAAGGUGAGUGUUGCACAGGUCAGAUAAUGUGCCCCGACGGAUUAUGUUCCUAUCCUCUUGUCCUGUGUGCCAGGCGACUAUGCGCUAUAUGCCCAGCUAUCGGCUGGAGCCAAAGAAUCCCCUGAACAAGGACCGCUUGGAGCUGACCAUGCGCACCAUCAUGAACAAGAACUAUAACGAGGAUUAUCUGUUCCAUCCGCGACAGUCCUAUCAUCUGGCUGCCCAGGUCAGCGAAGAGAUAAAGAACAGCAUCAAACUGUUGAAUUUCGACAGAUAUCGUUACGUUGUGCUGGUGACCGUUGGCGAGCUGCUAAUGCAGGGCCUCUGCUCCAUGGUGAACUUCCUGUGGGAUGCCGACAAAGAUGGCUUUGUCACCUACACGAUCGAGACGCCCAAAUUUGUGGCUGUCUGCACGAUAUUCUAUUUGUACUACGAUUGAGUGUGUAGGGGAUCUAAAACCAGAAAAAAUAAAUAUAUAAGAACGAAUUUUAAGCAAGAAAAAAGA